AUGGCUCCUGACAUCAAUUCCGUCGUGACUGUCUCUCAACCUGUCUCAUUACCUGCUGUUGCACCUGCUCGGAGUUCAGCUGCACGCACAACUUCAAUAUCCAAUACGAAUCCCUUGUCACAAUCUCAGCAUACCAGUCCUGGACAAUCAAGACGAACGUCUUCAGCUAUGGGUCCUCCACCCUUGCCUGUUCCGAACAACAGCAGCUUACCCAAUUCACCUCGACCACCCCAUGCAGCUAUGGAACGGUCGCCAUCAUCACAGGGAUUGGCAGUAGGAUCGAGUCAAGGCCAGGGCCCAAUUCGUCAUCCACGACCCUUGACGGCGGCCGAGUUACACCUAGAAUUAGAGAAGGAGCAGGAAAGUAUCGUCAAUAGGCUCACCCGCGAGCUCUCCGCCCUCCGUGCCCAGACAGCCAGUGUUGCCAGUACUGCAUCAAGCACAUCCGACCUCUUCACAACUUCGACUUCGCACGAUCCUUUUCCUUACAGUAGUGGUACUGCUGGCUCAGCUGCAUACCCAAUUCCAACUUCCGCUCGCAGGCACAGAUCGAGCAGCAAUCUCUCCACUCGCUCGGCACGCUCAGCUCGAGAAGCAGUUCACAAUGCCGGUGCAACUUCUGUUUCUGGCGUCGCAGCGCCACGCGAUCCACCUACCGAGAGAUCAGCAAGACAGAGCCUGGACAUCCAACGACCUGACCCUGGCAGCCGCCAGAAUAGCUACAGUUACAACCAUGGCCUUGGUCUAAGCACCAGCACGAGUUCUGGAAAUAUGUACAGGAGUGCAAGCAACACUACAAGUCCUUAUGCUCCUGCUCCACCAUCUGGUUAUACCGCUGGCUAUUAUGGAAGGCAUUCUCGUGAGCCGAGCCAACAAAGCCAGCUUCCGUUGGCUGGUGCUGGGUCAAGAAGUCCCAGUUUUGGCAGUGUUCAGGCUGCUGCCCGGUACGAAGAAGCUGCUGUUCAGAGACAGGAACUAGAAUCAGUAAAGAAGGAGAACGAAUCGUUGAAGCAGAAAAUUCGUGAACUAGAGAAGCAAUUGGCUGGAGAUGCCACUAUCAGUAUAAGCGAAACUACUGCACAGCGAUCUGGUACGAAUUUCUCUGCUUCUUAG